AUGAUAGACUGUGGGUUCAACGAUGUUCGAGGUCGUAGCAAUGGUCUUGCACAGCAACACAGCACUGCUAUCCCACGGAGUCAGAACGGUGCUCACACAACACUGCACUUUUCACAGAAGAAGGCAGGCAAUGACUCAUGCUGUGGUGGGGGUGGGGAAGAAGGAUCAGCGGGGAGAGGACGUGGGAGCUUAAGCGAGUUCACAAAGAUUGCAUCCCAAGGUGCUGAAGCAAUGGGAUAUGGAAGUAAGGGGCUUUUGUAUGAAAUUCGGGAGGAACCAAACCGUACGUGGGGUUUGGAGAGCAACGGUGUCCACACAGGGAUGAUGGGUCAGCUUCAGCGGGAAGAGGCUGACUUCUGUACUAUUGCAGCACCGACUCCGCAGCGACUAGCAGUUGUUGACUACAUGAGGGGAUAUCCCUCUGAUUACAUGACUGUUAUUUCCCUAAAGCCUAGCAUCCUUCCUCAACAUAUGGCACUGAUAAGGCCUUUUUCUGAAAUAGUGUGGAUUGGAGUAUUAACAUGCGUCUUCAUGCUUGGCUUCACAAUGUGGUUGCUCCAGAAACUAUUCAGGUGGUUCGUGCACGGUUCAAAUGUUCCCCUCCAUAGAACGGUUAUGUACAGCUGGGGAGCCUUAUUAGAACAACCUCCUUCCGACCCUUCCAUCAGCGUCUCCGGCCAGUUAUUAGUGGGUUGGUGGCUGAUGUUUUGCCUUAUUGUGUCAACGGGAUUCAGAUCUUCUUUGAUUGCGCAUCUCACCGUUCAAGGAAAAACUCAACCACCGAAAACCAUGAAAGAUUUAGUGGAGGCAGACAACUGGAAAUGGUCCACUGAACCAUGGCUGUUGAAGGGCGUUCCUCAUGAAUAUUUCUCAAGACAUCCUGAUCCUGUUGUUCAGAAAAUAUAUGAGGAAAUGGAGUUGCUGAGCACAGAAGAAGCUGUUAAGAGAGUAAUGAAGGGAAGAUUUGCCAUGAUCAUCUAUGAGAAUUACAUGGCACCGAUCAUCGCGACCCGCUACACAGACUCACUUGGACGCACCCCAUUUUACAUAAGCAAGGAAAGUUUCCCCAUCAUGGCUGCAUUUGGAUGGGGAUUCAGGAAAGGUGCUCCAUUUUUUCGUCGCAUGAACCAAAUGCUAAAUAGUUUGCGAGACGCAGGCAUUAUAACCUACUGGACUAAAGAAGUAAUCGCUCAAAGAAUUAGAGAGGAAAGAGAAAAAAGAAGAACUGAAACUUAUGACAUUCUGACUGAUUUCCAAAAGGAGGACGACAGCGUAAUAGCACUCGGAAUACAACACCUUCAAGGGGCAUUCAUUCUUCUUGGGAUCGGUAGUGUUGUAGCAAUGCUGUCUUUCAUUGUGGAGUUUAUUGCUGUGUCUUUGCAGAAUCCUUGA